GAGAGGUGGUACCUGAGCAGAGGAUUGAUCGUGUCAGACAAUGGGAAACAUUUGUUGCUCUAAAGGUGCGUGCAGGGUCCUGCCACAGCAGUCAUCACCAGUUCUGGACUUCCCAGUGGAACAUGUCAGUGAAGGAGAACAGGCUGCCAGCACUCCAGUGCUUGUCUUCGGAUCCAAUGACCUGUAUACUCCAAAUUUAGAGGAAUCCAGCCCUGUGUUCACAUAUCCUCAGAAGUGGGCCAUUCCAGUCAGGGACUGUCUGAAACCUCUGUCAGAGAAGAACAGUUUGAUAAACGAUUGCAUUUUGGAGUCACUUGAGGAUUUGCCCACAAGUGAAGAAUUUCCAGAGGGUUCUGAUACAGGUGUCUUCAGUGGUGGAUCAGAGGGAGAUGUGUCUUCAUCUGACACUGAGGUAGCACAUACUUCUACCUCAAAGAAGCCACUGAAGAAGCGGUUUAUAAAGGUGAAUCUACGAAACCAGGCGAGAGAUGGAAGACUGAAGGGAACUGAGGUGGUGCGGAUAUCUAAAUUAUCGAAAGAUGUUACCUUCCUGGAUUCAGAUGAGGACAGCAGUGGAUGCAGUAGUGACAGUUUAUCCCAUGUUUCACUACCUGGAAUGGAAGCUCCAAUCACCUCCACCACAUUCACUGAAGAGUUGCGACGGUUGAAUCCAAGUUUCGAGACUGGUAAAGGUGAACCUCAGUUGACUACCAUGGCUCCAUUCUUCUCCACCCGAAAUGAUGUACAGUUCAGAAGGCUGAAUCCCAGUCUUGAGAGUGGUGUAGGUGGACCUCAGCAGAUUGACAUGGCUCCAUUCAUCUCCACCCGAAAUGAUGAACAAGUCAGAAGGAUGAAUAUACAUUUGGAGACUGGUGAGGGUGGACCUCAACGGACUGAGGUGGCAUCAUCAUCAUCCUCCAGUGAUGGUUUGGCUUUGGAGAGUUCAGAUGAUGAAAGCCUCCAUGACUGAGAGACUCCAGUUAGAUGGUACUGUGCAAAGAUGGCUAGCUGCCUGAGGGCUCUGGCAGCCACAGCACUCCUGACAGCAGAAACAUCCAGAAUCUCACUGGGCCAACAGCUUGAGGUUUUUCCUCCAUUCUAGGUCUGUAGUUUGAUAGAUUCAGAGAUAUUUAUGGAUAACUGAUACUUGCAUAACUAUUAGGCUAUCUUCCUAUGCCACCUUCCCUCCCCCCUCCGCUGUCAUAGCUCUCUCUUAAAGUUUGUAAUGGGUUAAACCUUGCUACUUUACUACCAGCUCCUCGGAUUUUAGGACAUAAGUGUACACAUAUAAUUGCUCAUACUUAUGCCAGCAGGCAAGACUUAACUGUCAGACCCAGAACAUAUAUGGUUCACAGAUUGCAGUAGCUACAUAGUCAGUGGUGAAAGGAAGGCUAUGGUUUCCUCAACUGAACUUAUACUCAGGUCCUCUUGGAACCUCAACCCAGAAGGCUGAGCUUAUAGCAUUAAAUAGGGCACUUAGCCCAGGAGAGGACUGUUGCCUAAACAUAUAUACUGACCCCGAACUAUUCCUUUAUGCUAGUCAUACCUCCACAGCUAUAUGGAAAGAAUUUAGAAGGCUGACAGGGAAAUAUUCUGAUUAAAUAUGAUGAGGAGAUUUUAAAAUUACUACAUAUAGUCCACUUACCCCAGAAAGUACCUAUCACACACUGCUGGGGACACCAUCAAAAUGGUGUAAGUGUGGUCUGUAAUGGAAAUCACAGAGAAGGUUCAGAGACCAAGCAGGCAGCCACUAGGACUCUACCUUUGGCACUAGAUUUAAUUCCUAGCCUAAAUCUAGAUACUCAGCCUCAGUAUUUCACAGAAAAUGAUGGUUGGGCUCAAGAAAAUGGAGGAACCAGAGUUGCUGGAUGGUGCUUGGUAAAUGAUCAAUAUUUUCUUCCCAAAGCUAAUCAAUUAGUGGAAGAUAAUCAAACACAUGCAUGAUUUAUUCCAUUAGGGGGAAAAGUCAUUCUUAUGGCCUCUCAGCACUUGUUCACAGGCCCUGGACCAACUUCUCUUGGUCCGGCAAGUUUUCCAGGCAUACCCCACUUUUUCUUAUAGUACCUCUGGAGGCCUUAAACUUAAUCUAGUAAAGCCAGUUCAGAGAAAGGGAGCAGAUCCUGAGGUAGAUUGUCAACUGGACUUUGUCCAUAUGUCUCCCUGAGGAGGGGGUACAAAGUUCUAUUGGUAUUAGUAGACACUUGCAUGGAACAGGUCCAAGCUUUCCUAGCCUGGAAAGAGAGGGCAACUAAAGUUGCCACGGUUUUAUUAAAAGAUAUUUUUCUUUUUUUUAAUUUUUAAAAUUUUUGAAUUUUUAAAAAAUUUUUAUUUCCCUAUCAUUGCCCUUGUUUAACAUUGUUACUUGUUAUUGAUGUCGUUUUUGUUGGAUAGGACAGAGAGAAGUGGAGAGAGGAGGGGAAGACAGAGAUGGGGAGAGAAAGACACUUGCAGACCGGCUUUACAGCUUGUGAAGCGACUCCCCUGCAGGUGGGGAGCUGGGGGCUAG